AUGUCCGAAAUGCUUGAGGAGGACUUUACAAAGGCAGCAGCUUUUGUUCGGAAUGGAAACCACAUUGAUGCAAUUGGGGCCUACUCCAAAAUAGCCACUGAUCCUCGCGCCACGACAGCGCAAAAAGUGCGGGCUUACUCCAACGUGAGCGCCUGCCACGCCGCUAGGGACCAGUUCGCCGACGCCCUUGAUGCUGCGAAAAAGGCACUGCAACUGGACGAGAAUAAUAGCAAAGUGCACGGGCGGGUGGCGACAGCGUACCAUGGGCUGAAGCACUACGAGGAGGCGGCUCGACACUACGAGCGGGCGCACGCCUUGGAUCCAACGAGCUCCCUCUACUGUGAACAGCGCCAGGCCGUCCUGGAUCUCAUACGCAGCAGGAAAGGCGUUGCCACUCAAGAGACAAAGGAUGCGUACUACUAUCGCAAGGGAAUUGAACAGGGAAAGGAAUCCAUGGGGAAAGGGGAGUACCUAAGCGCUGUGCGGUACUUCUCGAAGGCCAUUGAGCUACAUACACGUUGUGCUGGGAAUGAGGAGAAUGGCAGUGGUAGCAAGUCAGUGGAUUACGCCGUUCUACUGUGCAACCGAAGUGCGGCCUACAGCCGGGCGGGCCGCUACGCGGAGUCGCUGGAAGACGCCAUGAAGGCAACGGAGGUGCAUCCCACCUACGCCAGGGCGUUUUUCCGCAUUGCUCAUGCACAGCAUCAGCUGAAACACCCCCGCGAGGCGUACGCCGCACUGUGUCGCUGCCUUGAGUUGGACCACGCCCACGCGGAGGCCAAGACUCUUAUGUUGGAGGUGGAACAGAUUGUGGCGGAGCUGCAGAAGACAUCAGAGGAAAAACAACGCGAUCGUGAGGAACAAGUGAGAGAGAUUCGUGAAAUGCAGAACGCAGAGCGGGUUACCGACAAUGCCCCAGUGAGUGGUGGUUUUCGCGGUCGCGCACACGCGACGUCUUACAUGCAUUGCAGCUACUGCAACGAGGCUGGGCACGCGCGCGCCGAGUGUCCUCUCCUUCGGCGUAAGCGUUCACGCACAUCAUAA